AUGGCAGUCCUGGUCUCUUCGGACCUCGCCCGCCACGGCCCUCUGAACUUGGUCCUGCACCUAUGGGGGAGCCUGUGCAUUCCUGGGUUACCUGACAUCGCGAAAAACCCUGCACUGGCGCCUAUGCCGCCGCUGAUUGAGCCUCACCUGCUUUUACCUGACGAGGGCAGUCCUGGUCUCUUCGGACCUCGCUCGCCACGGACCCCUGAACUUGGUCCUACACCUAUGGGGGAGCCUGUGCAUUCCUGGGUACCUGGCAUCGUGAGUAUCGAGUUUUCAUUGCAUCGUGAAUUGAUGCCAUGGAUACUAGCAAACCCUGCACGGGCGUCUACGCCGUCGUCGAUUGAGUCCAACCUGAUUGUACCUGACGAGGGCAGUCCUGGUCUCUUCGGACCUCGCUCGCCACGGCUCCCUGAACUUGGUCCUGCACCUAUGGGGGAGCCUGUGCAUUCCUGGGUUACCUGGCAUCCAAACCCUGCACUGGCGCCUACGCCGCCGCUGAUUGAGCCUCACCUGUUUGUACCUGACGAUGGCAGUCCUGGUCUCUUCGGACCUCGCUCGCCACGUAGCUACCGGUAAAGACUCAUUGCCUCGUCACAAAAUAGAGCCCAGGAGCUACAUUCUAUGCAUCAUAUCCUAUGACAGUCUUGAUGACAUCUAACCAGUAUAUUUCCCCC